GAGAGGGGGAGAGAGAGAAUUAAUUACAGAGUAAUUGUUUUACAGGCUCUCUGGUCUCUGCCUUCUCUUGAUUCCCUCACCCCUCGGGCUCUCCAUAAAUACCCCCACCUUCUUCCCGCUUUCCUCAUUCGCUCCAAUCUCAAUUCUCGCAAAAAAACUCGCCGUACUUUCUUCUCGGUCCCUCUCUUUCUCUUUCACACAGGCUUUCCCGAAUGGCUAAUCUGCUCUGCAUUGUAUCUUUGGUGUCGCUUUUCGUGGUGGCUAACGCAAGAAUCCCUGGGGUUUACACCGGUGGCCCUUGGGAAAGUGCCCAUGCUACUUUCUAUGGUGGCAGCGACGCCUCUGGAACUAUGGGCGGCGCUUGUGGGUAUGGGAAUCUUUACAGCCAAGGGUAUGGAGUGAACACAGCAGCGCUGAGCACAGCACUCUUCAACAAUGGCCUUAGUUGCGGUGCUUGCUUUGAGAUCAAAUGUGCAAACGAUCCCAGAUGGUGCAAUCCCGGUAACCCAUCCAUCUUUAUAACGGCGACCAACUUCUGUCCUCCUAACUACGCUCUGCCCAGCGACAAUGGUGGGUGGUGCAACCCACCUCGCUCCCAUUUCGAUCUCGCCAUGCCCAUGUUCCUCAAGAUUGCUGAGUACCGUGCUGGAAUAGUCCCAGUAACAUAUCGCCGGAUACCGUGCAGGAAGCAAGGUGGAAUGAGAUUCACAAUAAACGGUUUCCGUUACUUCAAUCUAGUUCUGGUAACCAACGUCGCAGGUGCAGGGGAUAUCGUGAAGGUGAGCGUCAAGGGAUCACAGACAGGGUGGAUGAGCAUGAGUAGAAACUGGGGACAGAAUUGGCAAUCCAAUGCAGUACUUGUGGGACAGGCUCUUUCGUUUAGGGUCACGGGCAGCGAUAGGCGCACGUCAACUUCUUGGAACAUCGCACCACCCAAUUGGCAGUUCGGUCAGACCUUCACGGGAAAGAAUUUCCGAGUCUGAUUUUUCUCAUCUUUAUUUUAAAAAAAAAAAACUUAUUUUAUAUAUAUUACUAUUUUAUUGCAGUAUUUCCCGCCUUCAGUUUUCCUAAAUUUUCUCGGGAAAAUUUGAAGUUGUUGGUGGUGUAUGGGGUAAAGAAAGUGUUGUCUGUGGUAAUAUUUUUUGUUUUAUACUAUGGACUCUGGGGUAGGGGCGGUGUUUUUACUUUUUUUACUGUUUUUAGUGAGGUGAAACAGUUUAAGAAGCUGAAGCGGCUGCAGUAAGGAAAAAGAUGUGGCCCGCAGCCUCUUCUUGGGUAAUAUAAUUGUCUCUAAAUUGUUCUGUUCCUAUAAUUAUAGUAGUUGAUGAUAAA